GCAGUAUCCUGUAUCCUUUCUUCCCCAAUCCCACACUCCCACUCAACAGCAGCCGGUUUCAUCUCUCCAACGGCGACGAAUGCCGGCGACCCUAGCUUGUCUCCUCUUCGUCUUCGUCGGCGCUAGGGGCGUUCGGAUCUUCGCGCCCGUCGACCUUGUGAGGAGCCUAGGCGUCGUCGCUCGGUCUCCGGGUUUUCCCCCACCGUCGAGUCUUCUCGGGCUGCUAGGUUUCCGUCCAUCUGGUGCUUCGAUUUCGGAAACCUCCUUCAACUCCCCCCCUUCCCCCGACGUUCCGAAAUAUAUGAUUUACUCCAUAUCGUGAAGAUGCCGUCAGAGACAACUGAAGUUGAUGCCGCGGUGCGGAGUUCUGUUGAAUGUGCAGUUGGAAAGGUUAUCUCGGCCGCAAAGUCCAUGGGGCCAAAUUCGUCAAGCCCCCAAGCUGAAACCUCCAACUCUUCUACUCAUGUGCAUUCUAUUAUCAAUUCGAUUGUCGAAAAACAUCGUGCUAUCUGGGCCGAAGAGUUUGAAAUAAUUCAACAGAAACGUUUCUCCUUGAUGGCAGCCGACAUUUCUGACGCUAUUUCAUCACUCGUGUGCAACUGCCAGACUGAUGUGGAUGCUUCUUCCCGUCAAGUUCGAGACCAGCCACAUCCUGUUGGUACAACUGAAUAUCAAGUUCCACGUCCUGAUCAAGCUCCUGUCGAUCUGGUCCGAGAUCAGCAGAAUCCUCCUGUUGCAUCUGAAGGUCAGGUUCCAGAGGUUGUUCUAAAUUCAAUGGAUGCUAAAGAAAGUCAAGCCAGAGUGUCGGAUGAUAAUGUACAUGUCUGUCCUGUUCUAAAUUCAAAGGAUGCCCAGGACACUCAAGUGAACGAGAAUGUUGGCACCGAGGGUCUAGUCUCGGGUGAUAUCGCACUUGUCUCUCCUGAUCCUAUUGAAGAUCAAUCUCCCAACUUUUCAAGAGGCAUACGUGCUACUAUCAGCGAUGAUCCUUCUCACUCGGAGAAUGUUGCCGCUCCAACAACACCUACUGAUGCUAAUCCCAUUGGUGGAUCAUCUGUAACACGAACCGUUGAUAGAAACUCAAAACGGAAACAUGAUGAAACGGGAAACGGAAAUGAUGGGAAAUGGAAAAGAAAAAAGAAAAGAAGCUGUUCAGCAAUCCCACUUUGCAAACCUUCAUCUGAUCCCACCCUAUCCGAUACCUUCAUGGCUCACAUGUCAGAGGCUGGCGACCCGUUCGAAUUUCUCCCGCUAUCAAUCCUCGCCGACAUCCUCGGCCGCGUCGCUCAUACCAGAGACAUCGCAUCGUGCCGCCUUGCCUCGCGCGAGCUCCUCGCCGUGGCUUACCAGUGCCCCCGCAUCCGCCUCGACGCCUCCGGCCGCGCACCCGGUCUUCGGAAGGGUGGGGGAGGGGUCGAGGGCACCGCCUUCCACACACUCGCUGGAAACCUCGCGUCACGCCUCGGGUCGCACCUCCGCUCCCUUGUGAUCAUUGCGUCCGAAGGGCAGGGUUGCCCCGAUGAAGCGACGUGGGUGGAGGACGGGGAGUUCGACGAGGCUGAUGAUCUGCAUGUUACCAGUGGAAACUCCGUGCGGGCGUGGGCUACAACAGCCGCAGGACCUGCCCUCCAGGAGGUGGAGAUCGCUGACUUCUGGCCACAGUCAUGCUGGCGGAAGGCGGAGGCGCUCCCUGUCAUUUCGCACUUCUGUCAUAAUCUGCUCAAACUGGCGCUGAAAAAUGCAUGGCUGUCUGUUGAUGGGCUCGAGAUAAUGCCUAAUCUGACCCAUCUGACUCUUGAAUUCAUUAGACUCGAUGACGAGGACCUGAGCAAGCUGAAUGAAUGCUUCCCUUGCCUUCAGAUUCUCAAUCUUAUCGGAGUCGGGGGUCUCGAAAACCCCAAGAUUCACCUCUCUCAAGUAAAGACUUUCCGCUGGGAGGUAUCAAAUGCUCCGUGGUCCUUAGCUAUCCAUGCGCCGAACUUGGUUCAUCUCGAGUUGAAGUGUGUUGAACCAGAGAUCCUCAUUUUAGACACUCCUUCCGUGUCUACUCUGAAGCUGACCAUUGAUGAACUCGGUCCAACUGUCCAAGUUGACGGCCUAGCGAGUUUGAAAAAUCUUCGAAUCGAGUCCUCGGAUCUGAAGUCCCUCCUGCAGCUGUUUGCAAGUGAUCGGGAGAUCAGGACAUUAGAUCUUGAGCUACCAGUUUCUGUGAACUGCGUAGACCUUUACCAUGAGGUGAAGCCAGACUACCUUGUCCAAUUGUUCUCCAGAAUCACUGAAGUGAAGCUGUCACCAAGGUUUUCAUGUGUACUGAUGAGCCUCCUAUGCCUCUGUAUGAAACAUGCGUCUGCAGGCCGUUUGGAGAAACUUCUGGUCCAUCUACCAGCAUCGCACAUCACUGCUUGUCCGUUCGUGCCGUUGCUUAGUGUGAGCGCGCCGUCGUGCGAGGUGACUGUUCUUUUCCAUGCUGAUACCAGCGAUGCUGUUCGUCAAGCUGCUGCAUCAGUCUGGCCAUCAUCCAUUCGGGGACUCCCAAGGUUUCCGGAGAUCACAUGGCGAUGGGGUACUUGGCAGUAACCCUUGCAUCCAUACUUCAUUCGAAGGCUAUCAUGAAUCGCAGAGCUAGCAGUGCCUGCGACACUUUUGUCGACGCAUCACCGUCUUCGACAGUUUCUGAAGCCUGUUGGUUUGGUCAUGGCACAUUUGCUGAUCGCCGGAUGUGUGCCUACUAUGUGCCGUAGCCCUGUGGAAAAAUGUUCCAACAUGAAGAACAAUGUAUGGUUGUCUUGCUAGAUUAUGUACUUGUAUGAUGCAUAUGACCUGCUAAAUACUUUCUGAAAGUCCUUUUGCUUUGUCCUAACAAAACAGUACAUGCCUGCACUUUGAA